AUGGUUCUCCGUGGAUAUAUCCUCGAGUUAACAGCCAAGAUAUCAGUUCUGGUUCUUUUCAUACUGUUAAAUAUGAUAUUCGCUAUCGCAAACCCCAAUGACAACCAAAUCCACAAAGAAGUGGCAUUUUACAGAAUACGAAGCACAUCACUAGUGGGCAACAUUACCUUUAUCAAGCCCGUGAAGCGUGAAAUGGACUGUGCUCUCAAGUGUCUACGAAACUAUCCACAAAGUUGCCUGUCAUUCAACUUUGGAAGAGAUUCGAUCCAUAAGACGUUUACCUGCGAACUCAGUAAUUCUGAAAGGAUCUUGGAGCCAAAUAGGAUGCAAAGCAGAACAGGGUUUGAUUAUCUUGGAGUGGAAAAGGGGGUAAGUAAAUUCAUAUAUUUUUUUUUUUUGAUUAAGAGAAUUUCGAAGAUGGAACUAUCCAGUUUGCCAAGGCUCAUCUAUAAUAUUUAAACUUCGCGCACAAACGUUCACUUGGUGCAGGGGAUCAGGUCAAUUUUAUCUUGACAGAACAAACGUCCUCCGAAACUCCAGGCGAUAAACAAUGAGCGGUCCUAAUAGGCAAAAUACAUUUCUAUUCAAAGUAUCUGUCCAAGUUCUUCCCAUGCUUGACAUUCCCAUGCAGAAAUGGAGGAUCGUGCGAGAAUGGUCCGGAGCUAACGAUGUUUUCGUGCAGCUGUCCCCUGGAGAUUAAAGUGCUUCCUUAUAUUGACAACAAAUGUAACGUUGGUAAGUACGAUGUUAAUAACAAUAAUAAUAAUAAUAAUAAUAAUAAUAAUAAUGAUAAUAAUAGUGAUAAUAAUAAUACUACUACUACUAAUAAUAAUAGUAAUGAUCACAAUGAUGAUAAUAAAGAUAACAACAAUUAUAUUAACUAACCACUUCCCUAGUGGGGCUUUACAGGGCCAAUACAAACAAAUUAAAAUAAACAUUUGUGAAAAAAAGUAGUAUUUACAAAAUCCCAUGUGGCCGGAAACAGACCAGUUAGCUACGUGCAAUGCACAGCCAAGAGAUUGAACUCGGGAGAGCAGAAAACAUAUCCAGAGAGGAGCAGGGUGGAGCUUGAACCCCGGACCACCAGAUUACAAGCCCAGUGAACUAUCCACUCCGCCACCCAACUCACUGCAACUGAUAUAAAUGGGUCUGCAAUGCCUACGUUUGUCUGGUGAAAAAUUAAAUGAAUAUUUUAUUAAAUGACUACGUGCUUACAGCUGUGCUGCGUUUUAGUAUAUUCGGAAAAAAUAUAAUGAAUAGAUAUAAAUGAAAAUAGCAAUAUUGAUAUCAGCGCUAUAUAAGUAAUAUUAGAUUAUUAUAUUAUAAAUGGAUGUAGGAGCGUACCAAAAUAGUUUUCAAGGAAUUUGUUUGAUAAUCUAGUUAACAAUAGACUAUGAGUUUCGAAGCAAAUUCAUGCACGGGAGGGUUUCUCAACUACUAGUAUUCGGAAGCAAAACUAAAACAAAUUAUGACUUCCGAAUAACAAAAUUUUGCAAAUAUUUAAGCAAUUGCAAAUAUAAUUUUAAUAUGAAAUCCGUUUUUGGAAAUUUUGGAACAAAUUAAACGCUCGGCUUUUAACACGAGGAUUUCCGACUUAUCACGGCAGAUCUUGCGAAAAAAUAUCGACGUGGCUACGCCACGUCACUGGCUUCGCAUUCUUCUGACAUUAAUAUCACGUGAUGAUCGCUUUCUUCAUGUACUACAGUAACCUUCACAGAAACCGUAACAGCAUUGCGUCAUUUCUUGUCCUAUAUGUAGCACUUACGCAAUCUCUUACCGCUCCUUCUAGUUGCUUCGCACUUGACACAAAUAAUUCUGUUUAUUCUAUUUAAUAUUUUCUACCUCGUGGAGAAAAUUAUCUAGCCCGAACAAAGCAAAGCAACAAAGCCACCUCCAGACUUCCAGUCUGAACCAUCAGACAAAUUUUAGGUAAUAUUUCUCUGCCCACUGAUGAGUCCCUCCGUUGACAUUCUGACAACAAAGGUAACUUGCAACGAUUUAUCAAGUAUUUGACACUUUAUUCUUUGCCCUUUUAUCUCAAAACAGUCUCGCUAAGCGGUUUCUAUCAAAGGAUGAGUAAUUCAUCCGUAUUUGACAAGCCUACUCAAGGUUUUUGGGGUUGCCUUCCUAUUUGUUCAGUUUUUAUCCCUAAAUUUGUUAUGGCUUCAAGACUAUGAUUACUUUUAAUCUGAUUUUAUAACUUUUUUUACGCUGAAACACCAUGACAAUUAAAAUGAACAUAUGUGCAAAUUCAAUUUAGUGAAAAGCAUAGCGUGCUGUGUCAUUACACUCGUGCCCGUCCGUUCACCUUCGUCUACGUUUUCCUUUGGAGGGUCACAUAUUACAAUAACACUAGCGCAACUUCUACACUGGAAAAUGCAACACAGCGGCGAGGCGGCCAUGGAUGAUAAGACGUUGACUAGACGUUGUUUGUUGUUGCAUUAUUUUUCUUUUUUCCAAACCUUACUUAUUUAUUUACUUAUUAUUUUAGUUUGUUGUUGUUGUUUUUUUUUUAUUUGUUGACAAUUUGUUUGUUUUGCUCGGCUUUUGUUUAGUUAUUUGUCUCUUUUCCAGAUACCAAUAAUAUGACGAUUUACUAUAAACCUGAGGCUAAAGGCGUCUUCCAUGCAGCGGUGACAAGCAAAAGAUAUCAGCUAAAUUAUUACGAGGCCCAAAGGCUCUGUGAAAUAAACAGAGCCACUCUCGCUACAUACGACCAGCUGUUUGCAGCAUGGGAAGUCGGUCUUGAAUUGUGCCUGUAAGUUCUGUUUGAAAGCUUUGGCUUUUUCGUUUUAUACGUACGUUUUCAUUUUAGUCAUCAAUGCUAUUAGCACUCUCACCUAACUCCAACUGCUGCCUAUGAUAAAUAAAAUGGAAUAUCUGACAUAUUAUAGUUAUUUGUGGGGAAGUUGCAGAAAUAUUUUAGGUAGAAAAAUUGCCAGCAAUUGAAUAGGAAACGAAAAUAAACAAACCGGCGGAAUUUUACUGGCUUAAUUUCCUAUUUUCUGCUUGUAUUCUGUCUGAAAUAAAAUUAUUUUUCUCUCUACUAAAUGCCUAACCUCCGCAAUGUGUACGUAAUCAUCAUCUUAGUGUCAGUGGAAGUGACGAGGAUGCACCAUUACUCAGUGUUGUUUCGUCUAGACUCAGUCAAGUUACUCCUUUCAUUGCUAUUGCUCAACUGAAUUUUAUUAAAGAAUCAAAAAGCUAUAUUCACAAUACAAUACUAGGAAUCAGUAAUACUACUUUUACAUAGGAAUGUACUUUUACAAUCAUGUACCGAUCGUGUCUUACAGGAUUUAGCGUGACUAUAGUAACGCUUAGGUAACGCAAUACACUACACUCAGAAUGAUUAAUUGAUAAACAUAGUUCCUUAAUCGUUCAUUAUGUUGCAGAUACGGAUGGCUUAAUGAUGGAACCCGACGCUAUCCAAUGCAAAAUGUACAUGAUAAGUGUGGAAAGAAGUUAGGCAUCGUAGGAAGCAAUACACCUCAAAACAAAAGUAAAAAGAGCAAUGCUUGGUGCUGGAAAGGUUGACAAUUGGUAGUUGACAAACUCUGGAC